UGUGUGAGUGAAUGCAUGUGUGUGCGUGUGUGUGCACGUCACAGCUGGGUAUAUAAGUGCCUCUCUCCCUCCUUUCUGAGAAUACCCACUUUCAUUCUCCUUCAAGCUCACAAAACAGAAUAAGGAUGAACAGCGGGGUGUGCAUGUGUGUGAUCCUGGCUGCGCUUUCUGCCUCCUGUUUGGGUCUGCCCCGCUCCUCUUCCCCUGACACUGAUGACAGCCCUCUCCCCUCGCAGCUGGACGCCAGUUUAAGUGGGCACCACCGGGUCGUCCGCUCCACCAGCCUCACCCUCAAACAGCAGCCAGCAGGCAACACAGACCCAGAUACCCAUGCCAACCUCAGCGAACUGCUGGCCAAACUUAUCUCCAAAAAAGGCUCUGUUCGUCGUAACUCCUCCAUGAACAACAGAGCAAACAGCAUUAACCACCGGAUAAAAGAUCGGGAUUACGUGGGUUGGAUGGAUUUUGGCCGCCGGAGUGCUGAAGAAUAUGAAUAUUCAUCAUAAAAUCCAUAUAUAUCACCUGGUUCCUCAUCUACAAAUAAAGAGUAUAUUUAUUAAUACUAUUGUUAUUAUUAUUCUAAUGUACAUUUGUUAAGAAACCAGUAUAAUGCAAUAUACACAUAUGCCUAAUUUUGCAAAAGUCUUAAAGUAUUGUUGUUGUUUUUCAGUUUUGUCGUUUUUUUUUAGUUUAUUUGUCACAUAUGCAGUGGUUUUUGCAUAAAGAGAACCAUUAAGCUGAUGUGCUUGUCAGAUUCUUGAAACCACAAUUUUCAAUAAAUCAGGUCAGCAUUCAACUUUGGCCUUAAAUCCUA